AUGCCUCCCAAAAGACGUCAAUCAACCGCCGCUUCUUCCGCCGCUUUAAAUGGUGUUGGUCAAAGAGAUAAGAAAAAGCCACGAUUGAGCUGCAUCAAUUCUAUUUCACCUGUAGCAGAAACUGCAGCCUCAUCCCGGCCCCAAAGAACCAGUCGUGCGUCUAUUGCUGACGAGGAAUCACUACCAUCGUUUCUGAAAAGUAAAAAGAACAGUGCUGGUGGUGCCAAUGCUAGAAAUACAAAAGAUGAAAAAGCUGCCGCUGCUGGCUCAUCCGCUCUAGCCUCAAAAUCAAGCUCCAGGAAUAAAAAAUUAGCUGCAAGGGAGAGAAGAAGGGGAUCCGAAACAAUCUCUGCUGUUGCUGCACAUGGGAUGACGACAGAAUCAAAAGCCAACAAAUCACCAGAUAGUGACCAGAAUGACGAUAAAGGAGAAGAUGAUGGCAUAUCCUACUGGCUUAUGAAGGCAGAGCCCGAAUCAAGGUUUGAAAAGGGCGUUGAUGUUAAGUUCUCAAUCGAUGAUUUGAGAGAGGCGAAGGAGCCGGAGCCGUGGGAUGCACGAAAUAAUAUGCGUGCCAUGAAGAAGGGAGAUUUGGCUUUCUUCUAUCAUUCAAAUUGCAAAGUGCCCGGAAUUGCUGGAAUAAUGGAAAUUGUCCGGGAACAUUCUGUUGACGAAUCCGCAUUCGAUCCAGCACACCCGUAUUAUGACGAGAAAUCCAGCCGCGAGAAUCCCAAAUGGGAGGUUGUACACGUGGAGUUCAGGCGCAAGUUCAAGGAUUUGAUCACCUUGGCUGAACUCAAGUCAUACGCGAAACCAGGUGGGCCGCUCGAGAAUAUGCAGAUGACAAAACAGUCUCGGUUGAGCGUGUCGGUCGUGAGUAGGAAUGAGUGGAAAUUCAUCAUGAGCUUGGUUGGAGAGGAGUAA